GUGAUUAUGGCGUCCCCUCGGUAUCGCUUCCGCGCUGCCGACACUGGCUGGCCCCGUUCGCCACAACUUCGUGCCCAGUGCAGCCAUUUUUCGACAGUGCACGAGGCUAGUGUGGACUUUUCGGUGUGUGCACGGCGCUUUGAGGUGACGUACUGCAGUAGGGCUGCCAAGGAGCCGCAUGGACCAACCAGCCUUAAUUAGGGGCAUUCCAUGGAAUGAGGAUAGAGGUCGCACCAGCGACCCGGGCUAGCCCUCCGACCUUCUAUACCCUCGUUUAUGUAAUUGAGGCAGCAGAGGGCACAGUCGUCAUAGUGCUUUAAGGACCCGACACCUGCCCGCGUGGUGAGCAAAUUAACGCAGUUCCCGCGCAGCGACUAUGUUGCUAUCCCCGUGUAGGCGUCGCCGCUUCCGCUCUGCCGAUGCUGGUCCCAUUCGCGACAAGAAAUCUCCAUGUCAUCACUGUCUGGCAGCUCCCGACGAAGGUGAACACUUUCCUGUGUGCAGGGGGUGCCAUAUGGUUGCGUUCUGUGGCAAAGCCUGUCAGCAGGCCGCAUGGCCUUCCCAUAGGUCUAUGUGCGACUACUACUACGCCCUGCGCAGGGAGACGAGGCGGGCUGUCGACGCCGAUCCAGACGUAGCUUCCCAACAAGCUGCCCAAGGCGUGCCGCCUCUGGAGGUUCGCGCCGAACUCUUCCGCGACUUCAUCGAGCUCUACACGUACACAGCACAAUGGGCACUAUAUGCUGCUCUUCGUGAAGAACACGGGGAGAAUACCGAUGACUACAACCGGACGCUUCUUACAAUCUACCUCACGUAUCGGGGGGACUGCAACGGCGACCCCAGCCGGGCGUACUAUGUCACUGGCGCGGGUUUGACCUACGUGGGCGGGGGCGUCGCACCCUUGCCACCAGGUGUGGAUUCGCAGAAACCCCCGGUGGGGUGUAUACGUGUGGAAAGGGAUACUACGAUCUCCCAAUUUCCAGCCGUAUCAUGGUCUACCGACGAUGGUAUGGCCUUGAUGCCCCUAGUACGCCUGGGGACGAGCGCAUCCCCUCCUAGCCAUCCAUCAAUGCUCGACGGCGUCGACGACAAAUGGUGGCUCUUCUAUCUGCAAGAAACGAUCAGUGAAGGAUUGGUCUUCAGGGCCCCCAGGCGCGGUUCUGGGAACCAUAUGUUGCUAGGCCGUCUGGAAAAGUCAGGUUCCGGAUGGCGCUGGCGUCCGCUGAGGACCUCUGCCAGAGCACCUCGAGAGGAUAGCGAUUAGAGGCUUGCGUCGUCUAUGAUCUGCGUAUAUACUGUACUUGUAUUCCAGCCGCCGAAUGCGGUGUUCAUCGAUUUCCUACUUUACGGAGUCUCUGG